ACCGAUUAAAGUGGCUGCUUGUCAACCAGUAGGACAGUUGCAGGGUCUGUCGUCGUGCUCGUCGAUCAUGUCAUCAUGGCGCUGGCACACCUGAUGAGCGAUGUCACUCGCCUCUCUCAAGGUCAGUCAGCGUGGGUCCUCGUCAUCUGCUUAGUCAUCGCCGUGGUCUUCGUGACGGUGAAAGGGAAUCCCGAACCUUCCACGACAGCAAACUGCGACUGCCAGCCUGGGACUUCGACUCUGGCAGAUGAAAAGGACAACAUCCUAAGUGUGAAGAUUAAUGUAGGACGCAUCUUGCAUCAGUAUAAGAAUGAGAUCAAAAUGAGAAAUAGGAAUUAUCAGAGGAACUUAAACACAACACAAGAAGUGCUGAGACUGGCUGAGGCUACAUCUUUGGCGGCCAGUAGAAGCAACUGCUUUAUAAGCAUUGUCCAGAUCAUCAACUCGAUACGAAGUAGCCUUAGCAUGAGGAUGCUCCAGAGUUUGGAUGAGCAGCUGAACCGCAUCAGAAGGAUGUCUUGCGACUGCUGCAAUCGUCUGACUCAGAUAGACUGCGUCUAUUCGAAUGAGGUGAACGGCGGGGCUCAGCUCGCUGUCAUCGCAAAGCUUCGCGACAUCUACUUGGUCACCUGCGAAAUGGGGAGACGUGUGAACUCAUCAGCACCAGCAUGCGAUAAAUCCGAUCUCUUUUAGAGAGACUACAGAGAGACUGAGACAAAUAUACUGAGAUGACAUUAAAAUGUAAUCCACACUUUUCAAAAUGUUGUAUUCAUCUUCCACAUCGUCCACCGUCUUUCUUUAAGAAAAACAAAGUUUUAAAUUAUUUCCACCAUAUCUUUCUUUUACUUCUACAUGUUCAAUUUUGCACUAAGAUUAAAAUUGUACAUUUACUUAUGUUGCUGCUACUAUAGCAUUAAGCACACGAUGACGAAUGUAUUUGCAAUUGUUUUAAUUUGUACGGAAGUCAUGGAAACCAAUGUAUUCGCUGUGCGAACUCAGGUCCAUAAUGUGAGCACCUUAACAAUGUCUACAUCAUAGCAAGUAUUCUUGCACAGUAGUCACUAUGUGACAUGUUACAGAUGUUAUAGGAUUGUUAUUGGAUGUUUCGAGACUUGUUCCUGUUUUCUCUAUAUUAUUUCUGCAUGUUUUUAUUACACUAUUUGAUAUGUCCACUUGUGUUUUCAUUUGCAAUGUUGUAAUC